CGGCCUUGCAAAUAGCAGCCAAGUAGAUAUGGUAGCGGCGUUUAUGCCAAAGUUGAUUGUUUUUCAAAAAAUGGUUACUUUCUCUACUGACUUGGAUGAAGGUGUUUGGAUGAUGAUGCUCAAAAGACCGCAGGCAUCCGCAGCUGGUUCUGGACUUUUGGCACCUUUCAACAAUCUUGUUUGGUACUUAACUUUGGCAUCCGUAUUGUCCUACGGUCCCUGCAUAACUCUUCUAACAAGUUUGCGAUCAAAGCUGGUCGGCGAUAAGGAACGUACCUUACCACUAUCGCCUAGUUUUUGGUUUGUGUACAGCGCAUUUAUCAGGCAAGGCACUAAUUUGGCUCCCGAGGCUAACACGACAAGAAUACUCUUUGCAACAUGGUGGAUUUUCAUAAUAUUACUAUCAGCGUUCUACACGGCAAACUUGACAGCUUUUUUAACACUAUCGAAGUUCACGCUUGACAUCGAAACCACUCGUGAUCUUUAUAAAAAGAAUUACAGAUGGGUAAGCGCUGAAGGUAGCGCUGUUCAAUACAGCGUAACAAAUCCAAACAGCGACUUAUAUUACUUAAACAAAAUGAUCAAUAGCGGCAGAGCGUUGUUCCGUAACUUUCGUCACAAUUUUGAGUACCUUCCUAUGGUAAAAUCGGGUUCGGUUCUCGUAAAGGAAGAUUUGGCUAUAGACCACCUCAUGUACAAUGACUAUGUGCAGAAGACCAGAGAAGGGAUGAGUGAGAGCGACAGAUGUACUUACGUGGUCGCGCCUACAGCUUUCAUGAAGAGACAAAGAGCAUUCGUGUAUCCACUAGGCAGUAUUUUGGAGAAUUUAUUUAAUCCCGUACUUCACUAUAUACUUCAAGCUGGUAUAAUCGACUUUUUGAAAGCGACGGAUUUGCCUUUAACGAGAAUUUGUCCGCUAGACCUUCAAUCUAAAGACCGGCAACUGAGGAAUACAGAUUUGAUGAUGACUUACUUUAUAAUGGCUAUUGGUUUAGCUGCAGCUCUGGCAGUUUUUAUUGGCGAGCUAAUAAUAAAGCGCUAUUCCCGAGUGAAGAUAAAAACAUUGAAACGGAAGCGUCCGAAACGCGCCAAGGCAUCGAAACCCGACGACAGCCGCCCGCCGCCAUACGAGUCUCUGUUCACUAAAACCCAGCACUCAUCGAGAAAGUCGCACAAGCAAAUCAUCAACGGCCGGGAAUAUUACGUGUACCAGAAUGGUGUGGAUGGUACUAGACUUGUUCCAGUUAGAGCGCCUUCUGCUUUUCUGUAUCGAUAAAGCAUGAUUAUACAUGUUUUUGGUUUCGUUUUUCUUCUUGGCGAAUCUUUAUUUGACAAUAAUAUUCACUGGUGGUAGUUCUCUUAUAUGUGAGAGUCCGCCUGGGUAGGUACCACCGCAAUGUCUAUUUCUGCCGCCAAGCAGCAGUGUGUAGUCACUGUUGUGUUCCGGUUUGAAGGACAUUGUAGCCAGUGUAACUACUGGACAUAAUGAGACUUAACACCUCAUGUCUCAAGAUGGCGAGCGCAGUGGAAUACCAAACAGUACUUUGUAAUUCAAGGUGUUGGAUGGUGUUUUUAUGGGCGGUCGUAUCGCUUACCAUCAGGCGAACAGCAAGCUCGUCUCAUCACUCAAAGCAAUAAAAACAUAUAAAAAAAGUGUUUUUGAAAAUUAUGUUUUAAAAUAUUCUAUGUUUAUUGAAUUAUUAAGAAUUGACUUACCGCCAUUUUAAAUGAACGAUCUCAAUCGCUUUUUUCUAUGUAUCUCAAAGACCAAUCAGAACAAAGUUUUUUUUGAGGUGCUUAACAAUGAGUUAUUUUGAUUGGUUCAUUUUGUUAAUUGAAUUGAAGGUUGAGAUUAAUAUUAAAAAGCUGUUAGUUAUAUUCGUUAAAUCGUUUCAAUUAUAAUAAAAUCAUAUUUUAUGCUAAAUGCUCGUUGUGAACACAUGAUAAAUAUCUUAAGUAGGUCAUAAAAUUAAUAUGUUUGACACAAAUAUAACACUAAGAAUGUGUGUAUUUAAUCCUUUCAAUUAUAAUCAAACAAUAUUUUAUGCUAAAAGUUCAUUAUGAACACAUGAUAAAUAUCUUAAGUAGGUCAUAUAAUUAAUAUGCAUUACACAAAUACUAUAAUAAGGAUGUGUGUAUUAGAAAUAUAAUAGGAUAUAAAUAAUUUAAGAGGUGUACAACAAAGAACCCUAUUAACUUACUAUUCGUAAAUCUUAAUACAUACCAGUGGCACAGAGACCAUACAACCAGAUUCAUGUCGGCUCCCCUUUCGCAAUUUAUGUAAAAUGGAAUUAUUAGAAUGUUUUAAUGACGCAUUUAUGAAUAUUAAUACCUAUAUCAUGUCGGGUUACCUUUGGAAAAUUUCGCUCUUCGCUACUGAUACAUUUAGUCCAUUACCUACGUCUCCCUCCACUCUGAGUACCAUAAUAGUGUCUUCUGUUUUAACACGAACUUUUCGCAGUAUUCAAUAGUUCUAAUACUAGAACCUUUACUUAAGUCACGUAUCAUUAUUGUCAUAAAGAAAAUUAGAUCCACCUCUAUUAGUAGAUAAUAAUAAUUUAAAUCACCUUACUUUGAGCACUGUAUUUUAAACGGAGCAGAACAAAAUAAAUGUUUGAAUUGAAA